AUGACCCCGAAACGAUCCGCUAGAGCAUGCUCUGGCUGUCGUCUCCGGAAAGUACGAUGUGAUGUGACAAAACGAGGCUUCCCUUGUACCAACUGUCAGUCCUACCAUAUGCCUUGCACCAUUCCCGUUGACCGACGGGGGAAGCUGGCCACAGCUGCGGAAAAGGAAAAGGUGGGUGCGACGACCCCAAGCGAUAAUGAGCUUCUAACGGAGUCUCAGUUGGGCGGAUGCAUGAAUCGAACCCCAGACUAUUGGAAUCACGUCGACGUGAUAGCUUCAGACGCUUUGGACGAUACACGGCCCUUAGAGGAUGGAACUAUAAAUUGGCGUCUGCUGCUACCCGAGUAUGCCAGGCCCCUGUCGCUUGCAAUCACACGAGAAGAUUGCAGUGUCCUGCUUCAGAAAGGUGCUUUCGAUAUUCCCGAGGCCAGGAUUAGGGACGAGCUUUUAAGAAGCUACAUUCAAUUUGUGCACCCUGCACUCCCAAUCUUGAAUCUGGAGAACUUCUUGAUGGUGAUCGAUACAAGCUAUACUGGUGGGAUGGGAAUCAGUUUCCUUUUAUUUCAGGCCGUUAUAUUUGCGGCUACUACAUUCGAGAGCGAGGAGUCCCUCGCACGGGAGGGAUUUCAGAAUCAGAGAGAAGCACGCAAGACACGCUUUGAUCGAGUCCGGAUGCUGUACUCGUUCGGCUGUGAGGAUGACCGUGUCACAGUCUUACAGACCCUUCUGUUGAUGACGUACUGGGACAACAAAUCGGACGACCUUCAUGAUGCCUGGUAUUUUGUUGGUGAAGCCACAAAAAUCUGGAGAUCCAUUAAAACUGAGCCGAAGAGUUUGGAAGCCGAGUUGAAACGACAGAAGCCAGAGCUUUGGAAACGAAUCUCAUGGUCAUUGUACAUAAGAGAUCGUCUGGUCGCUAUUUACACGAGACAACCAUUUCACAUCAAUGAAGCUGAUUUCCGAACUCCGUUGCUCAACCUCUCGGAUUUCGAAGUAGGUCCAUUAUCGACAGAAUGCUGCCUCGGUAGCGACGGAAGUCACCCUGCUAUCAGAGAUCCUUCCAUGCAUAGGCUGUUAGCUCAGAUCAGCAUAGCCCUGGCAUUGAAACAGCUUGGAGAAACGUAUCCUUCGGCUGACCAAGCCCUUGCUUCUGUGGACGCUGCUGUAAUGAAAAGAAAAUCACCCGUCCAGUCGACUCGAAUGGCCUCCACUUUCCCAUUCGAUACUGAAGAGCUGGGGCAUAAUGAACAAGCGGUGGUUGACCUUCAGCCCACCGAUGGCUCAGAAAGAGUCAUGGAACCAAAUAUCCAGCAAGAGAUUGCUCACAUGAGCUCACAACGGAUGGGUGAACUCCUCUGCUCGCAUUUCAUGAUGACACCCUCGGAGAGGAGCAUGUUACAAGGCCUCGUAAUGCCAGAAGUAGAUAACUCAGAAUUUUACUCCGACUGA